UAAACCACUGAACGCUCCUCUCCGGCCAAGAAGUUCUUAAAUCUGCUUCCUGAGCCGAGAACGAAGAGCUGAAUAACCCCACGCUAUUCACUGCUCGCUUUGCCUGCUCUCCCCUUUUCUCUCUCCUUCUUCGUUUAACCAGAUCCUGAAACAUACAGUGACACUCCAACCAGAAACCGCCAUGCGGAGACGCGUGGUUGCAAUUUCCCGAGCAGAGUUUUGCUGUGGAUUCUUUGUGAUCCUGAUUCUGGGCAACUUCUGGUUCCUUGCUGUUCUGUACCUGCUGUGGCUUUACCUCGACUGGGAAACACCAUGUGCUGGGGGCAGACGGUCCCAGUGGGUCAGAAGCUGGACUGUCUGGAAGUACUUCAGAGAAUACUUUCCCAUUCAUCUUAUAAAAACUUCAGAACUGAACCCAAAUCACAACUACUUACUUGGCUUUCACCCACAUGGGGUCCUGGUAGCUGGAGCCUUUGGAAACUUUUGCACCGAAUCUCAUUUCAAAAAUUUAUUUCCUGGGCUUACUCCAUAUCUUCAUAUCAUGCCCAUCUGGUUUGGCUGUCCCUUCUUCAGAGAAUACAUAAUGUGUGCUGGAAUGGUUUCUGCAUCCAAGGAAAGUGUCUCACAUGUGCUGAACAAUGAAGGAGGUGGCCAUGCAUCCGUCAUUGUGAUUGGAGGAGCAGAGGAAUCUCUGAAUGCACAUCCUGGAAGCCUGACCUUGAACAUCCUCAAGAGGAAAGGCUUUAUUAAAAUGGCCCUGAAACAUGGGGCUCAUCUGGUCCCGGUGUUUUCCUUUGGUGAAAAUGAACUAUUCAAGCAAGUUGCAAACCCCAAAGGUUCAUGGCUCAGGAAUGUACAGGAGAAGCUGCAAAAGAUAAUGGGCUUUGCUUUACCACUAUUUCAUGCUAGAGGAGUAUUCCAGUACAGUUUUGGCUUAAUACCUUACAGGCAACCUAUUCAUACUGUUGUGGGAAGCCCCAUCCCUGUAAAACAGAACUUGAACCCCACCACUGAAGAGAUUGAUCAGCUACAUGCAUUGUAUCUACAGAAACUAAAGAAAUUAUUUGAAGAACACAAAAGCAAUUAUGGCAUCCCUGCACAUAAGUCUCUCAUCUUCGAGUAGCAAAUUACAAUUUGUAAUUCCGAAUCUCAUGCAAAGAAACAGUAUCUGCUGAAAGAUGUCUUUCUUGCAAUCCACAUUUAGCAAUCUGUAAUUAUCCUUGUAUAAGGAAUACUUUUAAGAAUGGAUUAUUAGAUGAUUUAUUGAUUUUUAUCUUAUUCUUGGGCAGUGGGGGGAGGGAUCAUUGGGAUGUAAGCCUCGAAGCCAGUGCUAUUUUGAGUUGUCCUUUUAGGUUCAUGUGUGCCAGAAAUACGAGUGAGAGACUCCACACAGAUGUUCUCACCACCAUGGUACCUACCCACAGCUUGAGCAUAGGAAAUUGCCCCAGCAGGAGAUCAGCAGCAGAAGUAUAAACCCAAGAAGCCUUUGGUUAGAGGUUGAGAGAUUUACCAGCAUUUAUCAAACAUGAUAUCAGAUUGUUCUCUGAACGUCAGAAACCCCUGCUGCUUUUCCACAGGAAUGAAGGUGUAUGAUUUCAGCAGAUGGCUACUGUAAACCACUUACAUGAGAAUUCAAGAAUAAAUAGGAGCCUUCAGCCCUGAAUAGGAUACUGGAAAAAAUGGUUUGUCCAAGUCAUGGAGCAGAGCAAACCUUCUGUUUGGAGAGCAGUGUGUUGAGAUUUUUGUGUGUAUGUGUGUGCUGGGUGGUGGGAAGCACUGAAUGAUGUGACUUUUCUGGACAAUCUGUGCUUUGGAUCAUAAGUUUGGAAGAUGAAGCAGCUUUGGUAGUUUCAGCUUCAGAAGAGAUGGCAGGCACAGAACAGGAAAAGUGAGGGAAUCAUGUGAACUCUUCAUCCUGUACAAAUUAAAAAUGAUCCUAUGUCAAGCACUUGCGCAGAAGGAAAGGGAGCCAAAUUUGUUCAGUCAGUUCUGAAAUUUCACCAAGGAAAGUGUACUUGAUAAUGCCUUUUUUUCCCCCACUGACAGAUGUGGGGAAGUGUGUGUUAAGCUGGUGCUGCAGGGUGACACAGCUGCAGUGCCGAGGCAGUGUGAGCAUAGCUCUAGGGUGCAGCAGGUUAAGAGGAUGCAUUGUAUAUAAACCAGGUGCCUGAAUUUGAGAAAAGGUCUAUCCUAAAUGUGGAUAUCCACUUCAGAAAAGAAAAGAAAAAAAUCUUAGCCAAACUAUUUUUCAGUGAAAAUGCCUAGGUCUUGGAGAG